CCACCAUCUCCUGUUCCCCGGCUCUUUCGGCCGCAUCGCCGCUGGCCUUGUCGCAGCUUCCGCGCGGCGCCGACUUGCGCCGCGCUGCACAAUCAGAAUGGCUGCCUCGCCAGCGAUCGCGUACUACCUGGCGCCCCAUGCCGGCGCGCCGUCUGCUCGCAGCGGGAGCCCCAGCACCGCAGCGCAGCCGCGGACGAUUCACCUGCGCCUUUCACACGACGUCGUCGCGCAGCUUACGAGCGAGCAGGCACCGUCGCUGUUCUUAAAUCUAGACCCGUCUGUGUCCUCGUUGAUCAUUGAUGGCGUCUCGCAUGCUCUGACACGCGCAGAGGAGACUUCGCCGCACGACCUCUAUCUGGAACCGCGUGCUGAAGCCUCACCGGACGACGCCACGCCUCGAUUGCUUCGGCAUGUGGGCUCGAUUGGCUGCAAGCUGUCGCUGCGACAGUCGCUGGCGUCGUCGGGUACCGCCGCGUCUCGUCUCAAGGAGCGGCGCGGCGAGGAGGAAGCGAAGCGCGACGCAAAUCGCGCCGUUCUCCUCGACGGCAGCUCGCUGCUGCGCACCCGGCAGAGCGCCAGCACCGCCUCGCUGCGAGCGAAGCGGCCGGAAGCCGGCCCUGCGGCGAAGCUGCGCAGCAAUCUCGGCCUGGCGGGAGCGAGCCGCAGCGAUAGUGCUCGGCCUGGGCACAGUGCGGCGGCCAGUCGUGCAUCGACGCCCGGCGGCGGCAGCAGCCUGCCUGGGAGCCCGAAUGUGCCCACUUCGCGAAUGGCGGGCACGGGCAGCCGCCCAACGCAUCCUAGUGCCAUCACUCCGCUCUCGACGCCGCGCAUCAGUGACUUGGACAAGCAGGGCGAGGGCAGUCCGCCGAGCUUGCGAGUGAGACUCAUUCAGCUCCUUGCGCCAGGGCCGCUGCCACGACGGAGAAUAGUCGCGCAGCUCAGAGCUCCCGAGGCACAGAUCCUCAAGCUACUCAGCAACCAUGCACAUGCACCAGCACAUCUUCAGAGCGCCGGCAGUGCCAGCCUCUCGUCGUCGCGCAAGUUCCAGGGCCCAGUCAAUCGGCGUGCCGGCGGCAAAGCUGCUGCUUCACCAGCGUCCGGCGCGACCGGCAUCGGGCCCGGCACCAUGUUCGCCCUGUCAGACACUGCUUACCUCGAUGCACGUCUCGACUGGCCCGACUACGAUGCCAGGACUCGCGUGCAGGUCAGCGAUGCAGCCGAGGCGGCAUUUGACCGCAUGCAUCUGCCGACCGACGCCCUGCCGCGGCGCCAUCUGUAUCCUGAUGGCCGCCCGACAGCAGAGACGAGAGCGCAGUGGGAGCGAGAGCGUCUCGCUCGUGAGGCCGUCGAGAAGAUGGACGAUGGUCACGAUCUGAGCGAUGCAGCAGAGGACGAAGCGGAGGAGGGCGCACUGGAAGACGACGACGCGUCAAGCAGCGUGGCGGACGUGAGCGAGUAUCGAGGCUCGACUGACGCGUCGAGCUCUCACCGCAUGGGACCGAGCGGUCAGGACACCGCUGACGUGCAGGCGCUCGGCGACCUCCGACGAGCCGGCCGCACGGCACUUUCGCCGCAGACGCUCAGCCCGCUCAAGGGACUCGGUCUCUCCGGUGCUCCGGCGUCUCCGUCCGCAUCACAUCAUGCUCUUGAGCCCGGCGUCGAAUCGGCAGACGACGGCUCAGACGAUGUUUCCGCCAGGACGAGAAGUGCGCGGAGUGCCGGCGCGUCGACCAAGAAGCGAAAGAGCGGGUCUGCGCUCGACAGGCUGAAGAAGGCGGUCAAGAGCAAAGGUGCCACACCUGUUCAGCGCACUCGCGAGCUCGAGCGAGCCAAAGCCCGGAAGGACAAGGAGGAGACUUUCAAGGCCGCUGGCUCAUCCGCAUUGCCGGCGAAGCGCAUCGAGAAGAGUGCGGCCUCCAGCUCGACGAGCGCAGCGACGCGAUCCUCAUCAAGCUCAGACAGAUUGUCUAGCGAGCAAGGUCAGCUCGCCGAACAGCUGGCUGUGCGCACAUCGAUGCGGCAAGCUGGAGACACGACUGCCGCAUCCAGGCCAGGCGCGAAGCAGAGCCUGUCUGCCAGGGCAUACACGGAUUCGGAGGACGAGGUGUCUGCAAGUGGCGGGCGCGCAUCGAGCUCAAGCAAGCAGCUGCGGCCCUCGGCCGGGCGGUUGUCUCGGAGCGCAGAGCGGGCAUCAGGCUCAACGAGUCCGACCGCCUCGGCGCACCUCGCUACCGGUGGCGACCAGCGUCGCAGCGGCCUGCCGGAGCAGCCGCGCUCGUCGAUGGCCGGGCCUACGCGCCACGGUGUCGGCCUCGGUGCCUCCCAGUCGACAGAGCCGUGGCUGGACGUGCGCAACUCAGCAGACUGGACCCGGCUGCGCGAGCGCUUCUCCAGGGUGUACGCCGAGUACAAGGCCGGCUGGGAGCAUAUACAGGGCGAGCGGCGCGCUCUGCAAGCGGAGCUGGCAGCCGCAAAGGGCGACGGGCCUCUGACUACGAGCCGCGAUGGCAUCGCGCCGCACCACAUGCCGCCGGCCGUGGGUCCGCAGCUUGUGCCGCUUCAGCAGGAGCGAGGUGCAUCGGCCGGCUACGCCUGGCGUCAUUCCUUGGCGUCGACGCCGCAGAAAGGCCCGCUGUCGUUCGAGGAAGUGACGAUUGCUUUGCAGCGGCAGACCGAGCUGCAAGGACAACUGCAACGCAUGAAGACGGCGCUGCAGGAGAGCAAAGAGCGCAUACAAGAUGGAGAGCGGCCACUGCAAGUCCGCUGACGCGCAGCGACGCUCUGUCACGCCAUGGGGGUCUCUCUCGCGGGCACCCAGCUGAUGCGGCAAGAAUGGCAUUGGCGUGGUCAGACGGUCAGACAGCCUAGCCUCUGGCAGGGAGUGAUUCGUCAAACAGGGCGAGCAGGCUCUUGGCCCUGUCGGCGACGUCUCGCUCGGGAUCGUCGGCGAGGGGUCGCAGAUGCACGUCGUACUCGAACGCGCGCAGGCGCGCGAGCGCGUCGGCUGCGAUGUCGCCUGCCGGCAGAGCUGCGUCAGUGCGCUGCGGUCUCCGAGUGCGGCCCUAUGAGCCUGCUGCGCGCGCGGCGCUCCGAACUCACUCGUGCUGGUGCGAGAGGUGCGGAUCGUGAGGUUCAGCGCGGCCCAGACACUUGCAAGCCGGAUCUCGGCGGUCUUGUGCGUGAGGAAGUACAGCAGCGCCUCGAUCAGGU